AUGACUUCCCCAUUCCUUACCCGGAACGCCGUAGCGGAUGCAGAUAGUCUUGCCCUCUUGCAACUCCGUCGCGACCAGAUCAUUCCGACGAUCCUCCGCGACCAUGACGAUGAGAACCAAGGCUAUUGGGAAGGCAAGGUCACCAACACCCGCUUCGGCUCAUUCCCACACAGCACUCUGAUCGGGCAACCGUGGGGCGCGCAGAUUGUCGCGUCAAAAGUUGAUACAGGCUCGCGCGGUCGCCCAUCCACCAAGCGCAAGGCCGAAGAGCUCGAUGCUGAGACAACAACUGGCGCAGAGGAGGACAAGAAGCGACCAUCAUUAAGAGCCCCCGUGUCUGCGGAUAGUGGGUUCCUACACAUCCUCGCCCCGACUCCCGAAGCGUGGACCCUGUCUCUUCCACACCGCACGCAGGUCGUCUACACCCCAGACUACAGCUACAUCCUCCACCGACUCCGCGUACGACCGGGGUGUACAGUCAUCGAAGCCGGAGCCGGCAGCGGCUCGUUCACGCACGCCUCUGCACGCGCCGUUUUCAACGGGUAUCCCGGGACAGAAGAAGCAACCAAACGGCGACGACUGGGGAAGGUAUGCAGUUUCGAAUUCCACGAAGGGCGCGCGGCCAAAGUGCAGCAAGAACUUAAAGACCACGGUCUCGACGGGAUUGUGGAGGCUACACAUCGCGACGUUUACGAGGACGGAUUCCUGCUGGGCGAUCCCAAAACCGGCAAAUCGCCCAAGGCUAACGCCAUCUUCCUGGAUCUCCCUGCUCCCUGGCUCGCACUGAAACAUCUCGUGCGAAAUCCGCCCCCGGGGCAGGAAUCAGCUCUCGACCCUGAGUCACCCGCUUAUAUUUGCACAUUCUCGCCCUGUCUCGAGCAGGCAGAGCGUACAAUCCGCACUAUGCGCAAGCUAUCAUGGCUCAAUAUUUCAAUGGUAGAAGUCGCUCAGCGUCGGCUUGAUGUCAAGCGGGAUCGUGUCGGGCUAGAUACCGAGGGCGUUCGCGGAGCUACAAUGUUUCCUAAGACGGUCGAGGAGGCAGUUGCAAAGCUCCGUAGUGAUGAACAACGUGCCAAGCUCAUCCGGGAGAAUCGGAUGACCAAAGGCCAGCCAGAUUACCAGCCAAUUGCGAAGGAGACGCCGUUCUAUAAAGAGAAGACCGAUGUCCCCGUUUAUGCUCAGGGUCGUUUGACUCAUCGAUCGGAGCCGGACCUCAGAACUCACACCUCAUACCUGGUCUUUGCGAUCCUGCCUCGGGCUUGGUCUGAAGAGGAGGAGCAAAAGUGCCGGGAUCAAUGGCCAUCCGCCAAGGUCGCGAAGCCCGAUAAUGAGCCGAAGACAAGCAAGAAGCAAAUGAAGAGAGAUGCGGCAGUGGAACGGGCAAGGCUUCGCGACGAACAAAAGCAAUUGGAAGAAAAGUCACAGCUAGAAUCGGGAGAUAAGAUCGAGGAAGAAAAGUUGGAAAAGGAGAGCACCGAGGCAUGA